GCGACUGAAACCGUCACGUCAUAAGAUCGCGGCAGACCGCUAGCUGGCACGCCCCAUCUUUAGGUUGUAACAACUGUGCCGCACCGGUGCUGGUAAUCGGGUUUUCAGCUCCCCGGGACGGCCCAAGAACAGCUUCAUGGUGGCGUCUUCGCACCGGAUAAACCUGGGCCCGCUGGUUGGUGCCAUCGACCAGGGAACGAGCUCCACUCGGUUUCUGGUGUUCAACUCAAAAACAGCAGAGCUGCUCAGCCAUCAUCAAGUGGAAAUCAAACAGAAAUUUCCUAAGGAAGGAUGGGUGGAGGAAGAUCCCAAAGAAAUCCUGCAGUCAGUGUACGAGUGCAUAGACCGCACAUGUGAAAAACUCACACAGCUCAACAUCGACGUGUCAAACAUUAAAGCUGUUGGAGUGACCAACCAGAGGGAGACCACGGUAGUAUGGGACAAGAUGACCGGGGAGCCCCUCUACAACGCCAUCGUAUGGCUGGACCUGCGAACUCAGUCAACGGUUGAGAAUCUUAUAGAUAAAACUCCAGGAAGGGAUAAGAACCAUUUACGAAAUAAAACGGGCCUCCCGCUCAGCACCUACUUCAGCGCGGUGAAGCUUCGCUGGUUGUUGGACAAUGUAGAGCCGGUCCAACAGGCCGUGGCUUGUCAUCGCGCCAUGUUCGGCACCAUAGACUCCUGGCUUAUUUGGUGCUUGACAGGGGGGAAAUCAGACGGAAUCCAUUGCACAGAUGUGACCAACGCCAGCAGAACCAUGCUGUUUAAUAUUCACACAAUGGCCUGGGACGAAGAACUUUGCAAAUAUUUUGGUGUUCCUAUGCACAUCUUGCCUAAAGUGAGGAGUUCAUCAGAAAUAUAUGGCCUGCUGAAAAUAAGUUCUUGCUGGAAAGCCGGGGCCCUCUCAGGUGUUCCCAUCUCAGGGUGUCUUGGUGACCAGUCAGCUGCUCUCGUCGGUCAGAUGUGUUUUCAAGAUGGAAGUGUCAAAAACACGUAUGGAACUGGAUGUUUUCUCCUGCGAAACACUGGAACAAGGCCUGUCAUGUCUAAUAACGGUCUGCUGACGACGGUCGCUUACAAAAUGGGCCGGGACAAACCCACCUAUUACGCUCUGGAGGGAUCUGUGGCCAUUGCUGGAGCCGUGGUUCGUUGGCUGCAGGACAACAUGGGAAUCAUCAGCUCAUCCAAAGAGCUCGAAACGUUGGCCGGAUCGGUCGGCACCUCCUACGGUUGCUAUUUUGUUCCUGCAUUUUCUGGGCUCUACGCUCCAUACUGGGAGCCCAGUGCCAGAGGGAUCAUUUGUGGGUUGACUCAGUUUACCAACAAGAGACACUUAUCUUUUGCCGCACUGGAAGCCGUCUGUUUCCAAACACGAGAGAUCCUGGACGCCAUGAAUCAGGACAGUGGCAUCCCUCUAACUCAGCUGCAGGUUGACGGAGGAAUGACGACCAACAAGCUGCUGAUGCAACUGCAGGCCGACAUUCUCUGCAUCUCUGUCGUGAAGCCGUCCAUGCCGGAGACCACGGCUCUGGGGGCGGCCAUGGCGGCGGGCGCGGCCGAGGGCGUCAAGGUGUGGAGCCUGGAGCCGGAGGACCUGAGCGCCGUCACGUCAGAGCGGUUCGACCCUCAGAUCAAACUGGAAGAGAGCGAGUUUCGCUAUGCGAGGUGGAAACAAGCCGUGAAGAGAUCCAUGAACUGGGAGACCACACAGAAUGAGGACACUGAGAGCCGGGGAAAGAGUCUCUUCAGCAGUAUCCCGCUAGGAUUCUACAUCAUUGGCAGCAUGCUGAUGUUGGUUGGGGCAAAAUACCUUGCAGGUCGCCUGUAGUCCCAGAGGAGACGCUCAACAGAAACCAACGCCCGGCCACCGCUCCUCUUUCUUGCACUCUUUGCUCCCAAGCCAUUCCAGGAGAAUAAAGAAUCCAGACAGCUCUGAACA